AUGUACGAUCGCAUUCUUCUCCGGCCGCGAAUCCUCCGCAAUGUCACCUCUGUAUCAAUGAAGACAAAUAUUCUGGGCUGCCGCAUGGAUCUACCAUUGUUCAUGAGUCCCGCGGCAAUGGCGACGUUGGUUCACCCGGACGGUGAGCUUGCAUUGGCGAGAGGAUGUGCGACGUAUGGGAUUGGGAUGUGUGUCUCCACAAACGCAGCCUACCACCUCUCGGAAAUAACAUCCGCCGCAGCAAAGCAAACGAAGAAUAACAACAUCCCAUUCUUCUUCCAACUUUACGUCAACAAGGACAGAGAGGCAUCGAAGCGUCUUCUCCGCAUCGCAGAGCAGAACGGAGCGAAAGCGAUCUUCGUGACUGUGGAUGCGCCCGUCGCUGGGAAGCGGGAAGCGGAUGAGCGGGUCCCGCUGGAUCCUCACGAUAUCCGAUUUAGAACGCCGUUACCGAUGAGUGGGGCGUGCAUUGGUGGCAAUGAUGAGAAGGGAGGCGGGUUGGGAAGAUCGAUGGGACAGUAUAUUGAUGCUGGUUUUACAUGGGAGGAUCUAGCGUGGUUGAAGGAGAAUACGUUUCUGCCUAUUGUGUUGAAGGGGGUGCAAACGGCGGAGGAUGCGGUGUUGGCGAUGGAGUAUGGGGUGGAUGGGAUUGUGGUUAGUAAUCAUGGGGGGAGGAGUUUGGAUACGUCUACUUCAUCAAUUGCUGUGUUAAUGGAGAUACGACAGAGGUGUCCGCAGGUGUUUGAUCGGUUGGAAGUGUUUGUCGAUGGAGGUAUUCGGCGGGGAACGGAUAUAAUCAAGGCUAUAUGUCUGGGUGCGAAGGCUGUCGGUAUGGCAAGGCAUUUCCUGUACAGUUUGUGUUACGGACAGGAGGGGGUAGAGAGGUUGAUUGAGAUUAUGAGAGAUGAAUUAGAGACAACCAUGAAGUUGUUGGGGAUUACGGAUCUAUCACAGGCUCAUCCGGGCCUGUUGAACACAUUGGAUGUGGAUCAUCUGAUUCCAAACCAAUCUGCGUCAUUGUAUAGCGAUCCAGCCAGGGCACGCCUGUAA